AUGAGAGAAAUGACCGACGUUCCAGAUAUGGAUGAGAGAAUAAUGAAGCAAGAGGUCGAUAUGGCCUGGACAUGCCCUUUCACUCGUUACACAACCCGUGGUUUCCCCGUAGGGGGUUACCGCUGUCAGGCGCACUAUGAUGCUGGAUCCUUUUCCGCCAAUGCCCUGCGAUUUCUGUGGAAAAGCGGCGUCCGUGGCAUCGCUGUCAGAAAAGUGGGUGUUGGGGGUCCUUCCGAAUUGGAGGAUCAGCUGUUGUCGUCCGAUCUCAAUGUUGGAUUUCUUAUGCGACCUGGAGACCUCGAGUUCUUUACGAAGGUGACUUUUGCCAUUUCAAACAAGACAUCACUAUCUGUAGAACUGAAGGAAGUUUAUAACCUCGUUGCUGAUCUUCCUCCAAAGAUACAGUCUUUGGGGACUUGGACCAAGGAAGGUCAGAUGAACUAUCGUGAAGGCUUCAUGGAUUCAGAGGAGGUCAAACCUAACAGGACUUCAUCUACGAUGCACUACGUUAGACGACAUUUUGGAAAUGUAGAAAUCACAGGUGGAUAUGCUGGGGACGUGUGGCACACUUUGCAGGAUAGAUUAGGAUUCACAUACUCUUGCCGUCAACCGCCUGAUGGUUUGUGGGGGAACCCAACAAAUGGUGUUUGGAAUGGACUUGUGAAAGAGUUGCUGGAUAACAAUGCUGAUGUGGUCGUCACUGCUUUAGAUAACAGUAAUGCCAGAGUUAGGGUACUUGAUUUUCUCUUGGGUCUCAAGGAAAUUGGGUAUCAGCUUGUAGUCCGUCGUCCUGGACUGAUGGAAAGGACAUGGACUAGUUUUACCAGUGAGUUGGUUCCAGCUGCAUGGCUGGCAACAGUAGCCUUUGCAUUGAUGGUUCCACCUUUCCUUUGUUUUUCUUCAAAAUUUUCCCCUCAAGAAACAGAGAGGAUAUCCUUGAAAGAUGCAUACAUCCUCACCAUUGGAGCUUUUACUGUUCAAGGAUCCUGGCUGGAGGUGAGGAGCAUCUCUACUAGAAUUAUUUUUAUAACAAUUUUCUUUACAACAUUGCUUGUGUAUGCCCACUACACAAGUGCCCUUGUGUCUUUGCUGACAGUCGCAUCAACCUCUACUCACAUAACUAGCUUGCAGAGUCUGCUGGAGGAUGGAACAUACUCUUUUGGCUUUCAGAGAGAUAUAUCUGUUCAGAGUUAUUUUGAGACUUCACAGGGAGGGCUUUUUCACAAUGUUUGGAAGCAGCUGGUGUUGGGGAAUCCAAGCAACCUACCUACCACAGAUGAUGCUGGAAUAACAUGGGUACUUGACAAAAAGUAUGUCCACAUGAUUGAGGAAAAUCUGUACCGAGCAAAAUUCAGUAGUGCUUGUGACACAGUGAUGGUUAGAGGAAAAUAUUUCACCCAGCAGACAGGUUUUGCACUUCAGAAGGGAUCACCCUUGCAGAAAAUAUUUAAUCAUCAGUAA